AGCUGGGUGAGGAGAGAGGUGGAGUUUGUUGGUUGUGCUGUGAGGAACUGCCCAUGAGACUUUGCUAAGAAGCCGUGGGAACUUUGCAAUAAGAUGGCAACAAUGGCCAUAGAAGCCCCUCAAAGGCAAGGUCCUUACUUUCCGAGUUCACAUUUGAUUACUGUGUAUGUUGUAAAUUCAUCACCCUUUGAGGCAUGAGGCUGUGUUUGUUUGUGCAUGUGCUAUCUAUACUUCUGGAGGAGAACACAGCACGUUUACCUCAAGUACCUGCUGGAAGUGCAUUGGUUUCCUGGGUAGAGCAAUUGGGAAAACAGAGCUGCAGGCUCUUGUGCAAGGCAGUGAAAUAAAGAGCUGUCGUACAGGAGAUAAGAAAAGAAGGAAAAGUAAAGAGAGAGAUCAACUUUCUCAGAAGUUAUUUAUACAAAGGAUCAAUAUUUCAAGAUGUGUGAAGGAGAAGGGUCUAACUGACAAGCUGCCUUGAUGCACUGGUAUUCUAACUAUGACUGGAUUGACUGAAAAUUGCCUCAAAGAAUAAGGUUUCUUGUCUAUAUUUACAUAACUACUGCAAGCUAUCUAGUCUUACGAAGUUGAACUUCAUUCUUCAAGUGUGAUUUACUCAGUACAGCUUAAAAUCAUGAUGAAAAAGAUGAGCAUAUCUACAAGCAAAACUUCCCUGGUCCUCUUUCUGUGCCAAAUUAUUUCUGCACUGGAUGUACCUCUUGACUCAAAACUUCUUGAAGAAUUGUCACAACCUCCUACGAUAACUCAGCAAUCUCCAAAAGAUUACAUUGUUGACCCUCGAGAGAAUAUUGUAAUACAGUGUGAAGCUAAAGGAAAGCCACCUCCUAGCUUCUCCUGGACGCGCAAUGGAACUCAUUUUGAUAUAGAUAAAGAUGCCCAGGUAACAAUGAAACCAAAUUCAGGGACUCUUGUCAUAAAUAUUAUGAAUGGUGGGAAAGCAGAAGCGUAUGAGGGAGUUUACCAGUGUACAGCAAGGAAUGAAAGAGGAGCAGCCAUUUCCAACAAUAUCAUUGUGAGGCCUUCUAGAUCGCCUUUGUGGACGAAAGAAAAGCUGGAACCAAAUCAUGUUCGCGAAGGUGAUUCCCUAGUGCUGCACUGCAGACCUCCUGUUGGCUUGCCACCACCUAUCAUAUUUUGGAUGGAUAAUGCUUUCCAAAGGCUGCCCCAAAGUGAAAGAGUUUCCCAAGGUCUAAAUGGAGAUCUUUAUUUUUCUAAUGUACAACCAGAGGACACCCGGGAGGACUAUAUCUGCUACGCAAGAUUUAAUCACACACAAACAAUACAGCAGAAACAACCCAUAUCUGUAAAAGUCUUUUCAAUGGAUUCAUUGAAUGACACUAUAGCUGCUAAUUUGAGUGACACUGAUAUUUUUGGUGCAAAGCCAGUUACAGAAAGGCAGCCAGUUCUUCUAACACCAACAGGUAGCACAAGUACCAAAGUGGAACUCAGAGGAAACGUGCUUUUGUUGGAGUGCAUUGCAGCAGGAUUACCCACACCAGUAAUCCGCUGGAUCAAGGAGGGUGGGGAACUGCCAGCGAACAGAACAUUUUUUGAAAACUUUAAGAAAACUCUCAAGAUUAUAGAUGUUUCAGAAGCUGACUCUGGGAACUACAAAUGUAUAGCAAGAAAUGCAUUAGGUUCAGUUCAUCAUGUGAUUUCAGUAACUGUGAAAGCUGCUCCAUACUGGAUAACAGCACCCAGAAACUUGGUAUUGUCUCCUGGAGAAGAUGGAACAUUGAUCUGCAGAGCUAAUGGCAACCCAAAGCCUAGUAUAAGCUGGUUAGCAAAUGGUGUUCCCAUAGCAAUUGCUCCAGAAGAUCCUAGCAGGAAGGUGGAUGGUGACACCAUUAUUUUCUCACAUGUGCAAGAAAGGUCAAGUGCUGUGUAUCAGUGCAAUGCUUCUAAUGAAUAUGGAUACUUGCUAGCAAAUGCGUUUGUGAAUGUUCUGGCCGAGCCACCAAGAAUUCUAACUCCUGCUAAUAAACUGUAUCAAGUCAUUGCAGACAGCCCAGCAUUGCUAGACUGUGCUUAUUUUGGGUCACCUAAGCCUGAAAUUGAAUGGUUUAAGGGAGUGAAAGGUAGCAUCUUGCGUGGAAAUGAGUACGUUUUCCAUGAUAAUGGAACCUUGGAAAUUCCAGUGGCUCAGAAGAAUAAUGCUGGUACAUACACAUGUGUAGCAAGGAAUAAAUUAGGAAAGAUACAAAAUGAGGUGCAGUUGGAAAUUAAAGAUCCAACAAUGAUCAUUAAACAGCCAGAAUACAAAGUGAUUCAGAGAUAUGGCCAGGUUUCUUUUGAGUGUAUAAUAAAACAUGAUUCUACCUUACUACCAACAGUUACAUGGUUGAAGGACAAUGAUGAACUGCCAGAUGAUGAAAGGUUUCUAGUUGGUAAAGACAACUUGACCAUUAUGAAUGUAACUGAUAAAGAUGAUGGAACAUACACUUGCAUAGUUAAUACUACUCUGGACAGUGUUUCAGCAAGUGCUGUGCUUACUGUUGUUGCUGCUCCCCCAACACCAGCUAUCAUUUACGCUCGGCCAAAUCCACCCUUUGACUUGGAGUUGACAGGUCAGCUAGAAAGAAGCAUUGAUCUCUCAUGGUUACCAGGGGAUGAAAACAACAGUCCCAUUACAAGCUUUGUGAUCGAGUUCGAGGACGCGCUGCACGAGCCGGGCGUGUGGCGCUACCAGACGGAGGUGCCUGGCUCCCAGACCACGGCGCAGCUCAAGCUGUCUCCCUACGUCAACUACUCCUUCCGCGUGAUCGCCGUCAACAGGAUUGGCAGGAGCCAGCCCAGUGAGCCGUCUGAGCAGUACCUGACAAAAUCUGCAAGCCCUGAUGAAAAUCCUGCUAAUGUACAGGGGAUAGGCUCAGAACCUGAUAAUUUGGUAAUAACAUGGGAGCCUUUAAAAGGUUUUCAGUCUAAUGGACCAGGGCUUCAGUACAAAGUCAGUUGGCGCCAGAAAGAUGUUGACGAUGAAUGGACAUCUGUUAUAGUUGCAAAUGUAUCUAAAUAUAUUGUGUCUGGUACACCAACUUUUGUUCCAUAUGAAGUAAAAGUGCAAGCUUUAAAUGACUUGGGAUAUGCACCAGAGCCAUCAGAGGUGAUUGGACAUUCAGGGGAAGACUUGCCAAUGGUUGCUCCAGGCAAUGUGCAGGUUCAUGUUAUUAACAGCACAUUAGCAAAGGUGCAUUGGGACCCAGUUCCACUAAAAAGUGUCCGAGGACACCUUCAAGGGUACAAAGUUUACUACUGGAAAGUGCAGAGUCUAUCCAGAAGGAGUAGACGACAUGUAGAAAAAAAGAUCUUGACUUUCAGGGGAAACAAGACUUUUGGAAUGUUACCAGGGCUAGAGCCCUAUAGUUCCUACAAGCUGAAUGUCAGAGUUGUUAAUGGUAAAGGAGAAGGACCAGCAAGCCCAGACAAAGUAUUUAAGACCCCUGAAGGAGUUCCUAGUUCACCUUCCUUUCUGAAGAUUACUAACCCAACAUUGGACUCUUUGACUCUGGAGUGGGGUUCACCCACCCAUCCAAAUGGUGUUUUGACAUCAUAUACACUGAAGUUUCAGCCAAUCAACAACACACAUGAAUUGGGUCCCUUGGUAGAGAUAAGAAUUCCUGCCAACGAGAGCAGCUUGAUAUUAAAAAAUUUAAAUUACAGCACCCGGUACAAGUUUUACUUUAACGCACAGACUUCAGUUGGAUCAGGAAGUCAGAUAACUGAGGAAGCAGUAACAAUUAUGGAUGAAGCUGGUAUUCUCCGUCCUGCUGUAGGUGCAGGCAAAGGAUAUUCAGAAAUCCUUUUUGCAACUUCCCCAGUCAUGCAUACUGUCCGUCCAACAUUCUAUAAGGUUCAACCACUUUAUCCAAGGAUCAGAAAUGUUACAACAGCUGCUGCUGAGACCUAUGCCAAUAUCAGUUGGGAGUAUGAGGGACCAGAUCAUGCGAACUUUUAUGUUGAAUAUGGUGUAGCAGGCAGCAAAGAAGAUUGGAAAAAAGAAAUUGUAAAUGGUUCUCGAAGCUUCUUUGUCUUAAAGGGUUUAACACCAGGAACAGCAUAUAAAGUCCGGGUUGGUGCUGAGGGCCUGUCUGGUUUUAGGAGUUCAGAGGAUGUGUUUGAGACAGGUCCAGCAAUGGCAAGCCGGCAGGUAGACAUCGCUACUCAAGGAUGGUUCAUUGGUCUCAUGUGUGCCGUUGCUCUUCUGAUCUUGAUUUUACUGAUUGUUUGCUUCAUAAGGAGGAAUAAGGGUGGCAAGUAUCCAGUGAAGGAAAAGGAGGAUGCACAUGCUGAUCCAGAAAUACAACCUAUGAAGGAAGAUGAUGGAACAUUUGGUGAAUACAGGUCCAUGUCUGCUUGGACAGGAAAGAAACUGGACAAGGAAAAGAGAACAAAAGGUAGCUGUGCCAAUUCUGCUGAAGCAAACCCUGUCUUUACCAAAGCAAAGUCUGUGAGAUCUGACAGACCCAACUUCUUCAGAAGGUCAGGGGAUCAAUACUCCAGCACCAGAUCAGAGACCUCCUACACCAGGAGGAGGGCUAGGCAGUCUUCAGAGCUUACAAGGGUUAGUUCUGUCUCUGCUUCCCUCUGCCAAGAGGAAAAGAGGUCAGACAAAUGGAAGUACAGGCAUGGCUCUAGACAUCAUGCUUCUGAGCAACACAUAAUGGGGUCGGAGGAGGGCUCAGAUUCUCAGUCAGGACAGCCAUCCCCUUUCCAGACACCCCUCAGCUGCAACUCAGUUGGUGGCUUACUGGCAAGGCAGCAUUCUUCUCUCCAGCACUGGUGCAGCCAGACCCCAGACUGCAGCUCAGACUCAGACGACACACAGAGCUCCUGCCACAGGAAGGUAAGACCUUCUACUGCUACUCACUUCUCCGAAUCUGAAAAGAAUUCACUAAUGAAGUCUGUAAUCUUGCCUGAGCUGGCCACUGUCUUAAAGGAUGCUUUGACAGCAGCCAGACAAAGCAUAACAUCUGUGGCACAGGCUAGGACCCAUUCAGUGAAGCAUCCCAGGAUACCAAUUGCAGAAGUUCCACUGGUUCCUUUAGAAGCAUCUGGGAGCAGUUCCCAGAUUUCUGAGUUUGAUCAUAUGGACAGCUUAAAAUAUCAAACAGCUCCUGGGAAGGAGAAACCUGAGGCUGACAAGGCCUUGGAGGUUGAAUCAGCCCCUGAAGAUGGGGAGGUGGCAUCUGAGUCCCCUACAGAAGAUCCAGAAGGACCAGAUCCUCUGCGUAAAUUUGACAUGGAGAAUCAGAAUUACCUUUUUGAACACAUAAAGAGGGUGCUAAUGUUAAAAUCUUCCAAAUCUGAAUGUGCCUCUGAAGAACUAUUUAUUCCCUCUGAAGAAGGCAAGGUAGAUAAUGCACUUCCUAUCCAUUCUGCUGUGGAAGAUCUUGUCUGCAGGAUUUGGGGAAAUCCCGAAGGCAAGCAUGAAACCCCACCAGUCCUACAUAAGCUCUAUCCUUUUCCAGUGGAUAAAGCUGCUUUGUGGGGGACCUUGCCUGAGGUGGACAGAGUAUUGGUUACUGGUAAUUCUGUACUGUCAGUGCCUGAUAAUAGAGAUGCUCUCCCUAAAGAUCCUACUGACAGAAAGAUUGAGGAAGCAAUUAAAAGAUCUUUUAAGCUAGUUGCAGCCCAACUUGGAGUAUCUAUCUACUGCACUUAUGCUUCUAAAGCUUUACUAAUAUGGUUAGAGGAAGAACGAGCUAGAUUCAAAAAGAAAUGGGUCCCAUCUGGUGCCAUGCAGAGAAAACGCAGGCUGUGUAAAAUUGCAGCUAAUUUUAUCCACGAUGCAGCUGAGGAUUCUCUCAGACUCACUGUUAAAAAUGUGGCAUGCCUCACUGUAGCCUGGAGAGCUCUCUGGCUGCGUCCUUGGAGCUCAUCACUAGAUCUGAAAUGUAAACUGCUGUCCUUGCCAUACACAGGGGGCAAGCUGUUUGGUGAAUCCUUAGUCCAGAUCAUGAAGGAUGUCUCAGAACACAAGCACUACUUACGUCAGAGGAAAAAAAAGAGCUCGGCUGGAAGCUCUUCCUGUUCUCCUCACAAGGGUGUGAGUUCCUUGCGUUCUCCUCCAAAGUUCAAAGGAGGGAAGGGGAAGUAUAAGGUCUCACAGUCAUUUCAUGCCAAGUACGAAAAGACAUCUCACUUUCAGAGAGAUAUCAGACCAUCAAGAGGAACUUUCUAAGAACAUAGACUUGCUUCCUAGUUUCACAGGAGCCGAGAAGCAUGGAAAGACAUGAAAAUGUUUCAGUAUUUCUGGACAAAUAAACCCAGUGCUUAGAAAAUUAGUUGUUUCCAAGUAAGAUUUAAAUUAUGAAGUUACUUAAAUCUUAAUGACUAAUUAAGCUAGAGAAAUCAUAGCUCUCAAAUCCCCUCUCUUUAGGGGAGGCUUUUUCCCCAUUCCAUUUCUAGGCUUCCUAGUGGUCUUGGGAUGGUUUGGAUUUGUUUGAAGUUUUGCACUUCUCAAUGUCAACUAAGAGAAUACUUUCUGUGUGAGAGCUGGCUGGUCUGCAGGACCAGACAACAAUCAGACUUUUUUUGCCAUAUUGAUCUAGUGAAGGAAAUAAUGCUUUAGGAAAUGCAGGUGUUUCAGGAACUAUGGAAUGACUAUGGAUGCUAUAUUCCUGUGAUUGGAUGGAUUCCUUCAUUUUUACAUAAUAAGGGAAAACAGUGCCUCUGUAGCAAUUUUCUCUGCACUCUCAGUGGUUUUCUGAGUUGUAGAAGACUGAGACAGUAAAUUGUGGACAGUCAUUGUCUACACCAAGAACCUGCAAGAAACAGAAUAACUACCACAGAUGUGUGUUGAGGUCAGUGUAGGUGUAAAAAUCAGCCUAAAUUUUCCUCUUGGUCCAUAAAUGGAGAGAAAUUAAGGAGUUAUGACAGCUACAGACCUGUGAGCUCAUGGGUAGGAAGACUGGAAGCAAACAACUACAAGUGAAGGACGAAAGUCCAGUGGUCUGCAGAAUGUUCUUAAGAAGAUGAAACAGGAUAAGGCAACUACAGUGAUUGGAUUGAUAGUGUGGUAACACAGGAAACUUGCACAUUUUUUUGCCUCUUUUCUUCAAUAUUUUGACACUGUUAUUUUUCCUAGAAAUUCUAGGAUAUGCUGUGAGACACUGUGGCAGAGUGUUCUGGGAUUGCUAGAUAAUAUAUUACUCUUCCCUCUUCUGAGCUAUCUAACAAUGAAAAUAAAGUUUGUAACCACAA